AUGAGGAUGGAGGGCGGGGAGGAGAUGCAGGGCGCUGCAGGACUGCGCUGCACCUGGGACAUCCCAUCACCUGCCAGCACCCAAGCCAAGUGGGUGAAGCUCAAUGUUGGGGGCACCAUCUUCCUCACCACCAGGCAGACCCUGUGUCGGGAGCAGAAAUCUUUCCUGUGUCGCUUGUGCCAGGGUGAGGAGCUGCAGUCAGAUCAGGAUGAGACUGGUGCAUACCUAAUAGACCGAGACCCCACUUACUUUGGACCCAUCCUGAAUUUCCUCCGUCAUGGGAAGCUGGUCCUGGAUAAAGAUAUGGCUGAAGAGGGAGUCCUAGAAGAAGCUGAGUUCUAUAACAUCGGCCCUUUAAUCCGAAUAAUCAAAGAUAGACUGGAGGAGAAGGAUUACACAGUAGCUCAGGUGCCUCCUAAACAUGUCUACCGCGUGCUACAGUGCCAGGAAGAGGAGCUCACUCAGAUGGUUUCCACUAUGUCUGAUGGAUGGCGAUUUGAGCAGCUUGUGAACAUUGGCUCAUCCUAUAACUAUGGGAAUGAGGAUCAGACAGAGUUCCUGUGUGUGGUCUCCAAAGAGCUGUACAGCUCUCCCAAUGGCCUGAGUUCUGAGCCCAGCCACAAAGCCAAGAGCACAGAGGAGGACCUGAAGGAGGAAGAGCAGGAAGUGGAGGAGGAGGAGGCAGAAGCAGAAGCAGAGGAGAAAGGUGCAGCAAAUCCAUGAGGAAAAUGAUAAAAAUAACCCCCCCCAAGCAUAGACCCGUCCACCUUUCUGACUCUCCAUCUACUCAGGAUUCCACUAAACUCUUUCUUCCUCUGGACCCUCCUUCCUGCUCCCCACCCUGUUCUCUACUUGUCAUCAGGGUGUCUGUCUCCUUACAGUUACCUUCCUCCCACCCUAUCCCACUUCCCUGCCUCCAGCAUUUUUCUCUCUGCUCUCUUUGCCCCCUCACAGCCUCUCUUCA